GGCCGUUGUGGGUGUGUGUGCUCUACUGUACACGAUUCCGCGACGAGCUCUCUCCAGCUUUAUCUCCAUUUUUGAGCAAACAAGGGACCAGAUAGAGAAGCUCAGCAUGAUAUCUAUAUGUUUAAGCUAGUGUUUUUUUCGACCGUGUUCUCUAAAGGAGUCUACUGAGGAGGGAAAAUUGCAGAAACCAUUUUCUGCUCUCGGUUGUCGACGGUUUUGAAGUGCUUAACAACUAACGUCCUGAACAGGAUUUGCGGUCCGUCAAUGAGGAACUACAGGCUCAUCUUUUGCCAUAACCUGAAGCAGCCAUAGAUGACGAUUCACUGCUAGUGAGUGGAGCAGGAGAUAAAUCGAACUUCUGGGCGUUUGAAGUAAAACAAGAGCGACUGAAGCAGCCUGGCUGUGGAAGCGAUGAGGAAGAGCCUCUCUCCUUCUCUCAACGACUCCCUCAAUACAGUCAGGGUGUUCGGCAUCCCCCUGGAGGAGGUGCAGCAGAGCGGCCAGCCAGGGCAGGAGGUCCCCCUACUGGUCAGGACCAUUGUGGAGUACAUCGAGGAGCACGGUGGACUGGAUCUGGAAGGUCUGUUCCUGGUGAACGGAAACGCUGAACGUGUGGAGUGGAUGCGGCAGCGCUAUGACAGCGGCGAGGAAGUAAAUUUGGAGAAGGAGGCAGACCUGGCCUCAGCAGUCAGCCUGCUGCGUCUCUUCCUACAAGAGCUCCCAGAGCCUGUAAUACCCACUGACCUGCAGACACGCAUUCUGCACCUUUACCAAGAAUACAGCAGUGAGGAGGAAUUGGCAAGAAAUAUGAAGUACUUCCUGCAGCAGCUGCCCCAGGUCAACUACAGCCUGCUCCGAUUCCUCUGCCGCUUUCUGUCCAACGUGGCCUCACUUCAGGAGGAGAGCUGGAGCAUCGGUGCCCUCGCUGCUGUCUUUGGUCCCGACAUUUUCCAUUUAGAUACAGACGUGGAGGACCUUAAGGAGCAGGAGUCUGUGAGCCGGAUCCUGGCCGAGCUGCUGGAGAACCAGGAGGACUUCUUUGACACUGAAGAAGACGACAUCUCAACCAACAAUGACUACAGCUCCAUUAACGAUCAGAUCACUGAGCUUUUGGAAGAGGAGAAGUUGGAAGCCUGUGAGGAUCUCCCGCAGGACAGCGAGGAUGGCCCUUCUUCAGUCUCACCCAAACACCCCCAUGUCAGUCCCUCUUCCAGCUCACACAUCUCCUCCAUCAGCAUUCUUCCAGGAUCUGCAGAUAUCCUCCAGAGGACCAUCCGGGCUGCAGUAGAGCAGCAUUUACUGGAUCUGCAGAGCUCCAUAGACCAGGGCCUCAGCAGCUAUGAGAGCCAGGGAUCCUCCUGCCAACUGGACCAGGGAAAUGGAGCUGAUGAGAAGAUGACGAGGUCAGAAGAGCAUGAAGAUCAAACUGAAGCUGACUCUGUGUGUGCUACAGAGGCAGAUGAGUCUGCUGAAGACAGUGAGGCUUUUCAAGGUCCCCAGCCCAGCAACCUUGCUGAAAAGGAAAGCUCCAGCAUGGACCUUGACCCAGAGGCUCUGGUAGAUGCUGAGAACAAUAUCACAACUUCAAGACAAGAAACCUAUCCAGAGAGCGAGUGCAUGGACCAGACUGAUGUAACCAGCUCUGAGUCUGCUCCAGAUAUGUAUGAUCUGAAUGCUAACACAGAGACCCCCGAGCAGCCCAGCCAGGAAGCCAGCCCCCGACACCUCCAGCUCAGCUCCGUCUUCACUGAUGGAGAGUGGGAAGCAUCAUGCCCCAACACUAUCCCCCUCAUAGACUUCACAUGUAUGCACCUGCAGAGGGAAGGGCGCGACCCUGUGCCAGUGUUCAUGUCAUGGCAAGAGGAGAGUGAGUCCGGAGAGGCACAGCUGUCUCCGCUGGCAGGCCGCAUGCUGCCGCUGCCUCUGGAGGAGGAUGCUCAGCCGUUGUUGGCCAGGCGCUUCCUGGACUUUGGCCACAGCCAGCGCUUCUUGCAGCAGGACUCUGAUGCCACCUCCCCCACCAAAGCACUGUCCUGCGGGAGACCUCGCAGGGCCUCAUUCAGUUCCAAAGAGAGUGUAAAGGGAGACACGGUCUCUCAGCAGCUCACCAAGAAACUCCAGAACCUCAAAAAGAAGAUCAAGCAGUUCGAGGAGCAGUUUGAGAAAGACAGGAACUAUAUGCCGUCUCAUGCUGACAAGGCAGCUAAUCCCAAGGUCCUGAAGUGGAUGACUGACCUCACCAAAAUCCGCAAGCAGCUUAAAGGACGACAGCACCUCUUACCCAAAGGGUCCUUGAGGCACCAGGCGGUGCUUCAGUCACACAGACGUCACUCCUCCGCCCCGAACACACCCCAUUUAACACUGUCACGCCCCCUCAAUGCCUCUAGACAGGCACCCUACUUCUAUGCCAAACACAAGGCCGAGAGCGAACUAACUCCACAGACACGGCCGCGCAGCAACACUCUGCCCAAAAGCUUUGGCUCCACGCUAGAGCAUCCGGCUUCUGAGGGCCAUGCCGAGAAAGAGGCUGAGCCGAGGGGGCUACGACCCACCAGCGAAGAGACCCUCGAACUCAUCCAGCUACGUAUCCAAACCAAGCGAGAGGAGGACUGCUGGCCUGAAGAUAUCAGAAAAAUGACUAAGGAACAGCUGGCCUGUGAGAAGACCAUGCUACAAAAGAACCUGCUUUACUAUGAGGGACUUCAUGGCCGUCCUGUAACACGUGAGGAGCGUCUGAUAGUCAAGCCAUUGUAUGAUCGAUACCGGCUGGUGAAACAGAUGCUCACUCGCGUCAGCAUCACACCCAUCAUCGCAUCCCCAUCCAGUAAGAGACGCAAUCAGACCCUGCAGCCCAUCAUCGAAGGCGAGACGGCCCACUUCUGUGAUGAGAUCAAGGAGGAGGAGGAGGAGGAAGAGGAUGGAGGAGUAGAUCAAGAGAUUAGAGGAUUGCAGUGUGAUGGGUCAGAGGUCAUCAUCGCCCUGGACCCGGCCGCACAGCCCAGCUCCCAACAGCUGGAGAGCAUCCUGAGACCCAAGAUGGAGGAGAGCUCGGGCAAGCUAACUCUUGAUCUACGUCUUUCCAGCUCCAAUGCCUCCUCCAUGCCAGAACUCCUGGAGCAGCUGUGGAAAGCCAGAGCGGAAAAGAAGAAGCUGCGGAGGACCAUUCGUGAGUUUGAGGACGAAUUCUACCAACAGAAUGGAAGGAACGUACAGAAGGAGGACCGCUUGCCCAUGAUGGACGAGUACAAGGAGUAUAAACGCAUCAAAGCCAAGCUACGUCUGCUCGAGGUCCUCAUCAGCAAGCAGGACUCCUCCAAGUCCAUCUAGAAGAGUGCGGAGCCGGUCGUGCUGCAUCAGCCGGGCCCUGAGUCUGCCGUCUCCCGAAAGCUGGCAGUCUGUAUUUGCUGGGGCCCCCAUAUCGCCCAUAUUGCCCAUAUCGCAACCCUUAUGUAUCUUAAUGAAAAACCAUUCCUCAGUCCUGCUGAGGUAGAGGAACACUUCAUCUUCACUCCACUCUACUCCACUUUACUCAAACAGUCGCCCACUUAACACUUAUAACCUUCGUGUCUUCCCUUUGUGUGUUUGAGAUACAGCAGAGCAACAUCUGCAUCAACGUCUCUGCGACUUUUAUUUUCUCCCCUUUUCCUCGUCACAGUGACUGUUUUUUUUCCUCAUAGUGAAAAAUACACGGAAUGAUGAAGGACACGCACGGUGUUGGAAUUGGCUCAUUAGAAGUGUGUAUGUAUGUAUGUGUGGGUGUGUAUGAGUGACUGAGUGUGUGUGUGAGUUUGUGUGUGUGUGGUGUGUACGUACAGCUGGAACAGAACUGAUGACCGCAGUAAUGGUCAGCACCUUUCAAAGAGGCUCAUGCUAUAUGGAUUUAAGCUACCUCCCCAAACACUGGGGAGCUCCUCCGCUAUCGGAGCGUGUUCUUAUUUUUAUUUUUUUAUUUUUGGACAGAUCUACCUGUGUCUCUACAUACACACUCGUAUAAAUCCAUACUGUGUGUACAUGUAAUACCGUUUUUGUGUUACGGUAUGUCCUCUUUUUCUUCAAUGAGAAGUUACUGACUGACACGGUACUGUAAAUAAACAGAGACUGUUUUCUUUCGUAGUGUUUCUCAAACAUAUUAUACAAUAACCAGAAGAAUAAGCUGGUGCUCUUUUUUUUUCUUUCACUUCUAAUAACGGACACAAGGUGUUUCAGUCACCUGAGAGUUGAUCAGACUCACAGAAAAGAAGAAAAAAACAAAUAAAUCAGCACCUGACCAGACAGCCAGACUAUCAUGUAGUAUUCGUUGUCAUUGUCUGGUUGCAUGGUUGAGCAGUAUGCUAACAAACAAUAUGUAUCUUAGAUGUGUAUUUUCUAACUGAUAUCUUUUUUUCUGUACUUGUCUCACAUUCACACACAUUUCAAUUGUUUAUAAUGGCUGACUGAUUGACUGAUUGGGAGCAUGCUCAUGCCAAAUGUGCAGGUGCAUGUGACAGGCAGGAGGCUGAUAAUAUAACAAUAUAACAGAGAACAUGUAUUCGGGGAGUGAUUUCGGAGCGAGUAUUCGUGUCACUCUUUAAAAACACUGCUAGUUAAUCAGGCUUGGUGGUAGAGGGCUGUACUCUGCUGCAUUAAAAUGGUGCUGCUCUUCCACUGCAUGGUACCUACACUACUCAACUUGACUCUGCAUGGCUGCAUCUUUGCAAUAUUCAAAGAGUAAAUUCUCAAAGAACAUGUAAAAAAAAAAAAAAAAAACACCUGACUGCCUGUGCAGCAUCACUAAGCAGCCAGAUCUCUUUUAAAAGGAGUUUUUAAAAUGGAUUUUAGGUGUAUUAAAACGUGAUAAAAAGUACUUAACUUUGUUAAAUAGCCCACCUUUGUUCUCCUGCAGCUUCUGAGAUCCAGUAUUUUGUGCACUUUGUCCAAACAGGCUUUAGAAUGAGGGAGACUGGUUAUGUCUUGUGCCUGCAGAUAAAUCACUUUUUUCACCGUUAUCCAGGCUCAAAGUAGCUCCACACUUCAUUGGUAGAAUAUAGAGAACUUUGACAUUUAAAAUGAGGCAUUUAGAACUUUAAAAGUGCGCAAGAAGUUUACAUCCCAUAGCGUAGGUAAAUCUCUGGGCACCGCCAUCUUAAAUUUAAGUUAAGAAGUAACAGAGUCAACCGUCGAGGAUGAAUUGUAAAACUUUUUGAGCCAUGUUCAUGUAGUUUUAGUUGGUUCUUUGCAUUUUAGCAACAGUUGGCAUUUAUGCAUUUCCAAGGAAUUCAUUUUUGCACUUAAAUUUAAGACGGUGGCGCUCAGAGAUUUCUUUUUUUUUUUUCAAUCUCACUGGAGUUCUCUUUUAAUUUCAGGGGUAAGCCGAGGUACUGAAAGAAAUAACAAAAGUAGAAAAGCAACGAGUAGAGUUAAGUAGUUGUAGGUACUGUGCAGUGUACUAAAUAGCGCUAAAAGUGUAGAGUAGGUUGGUAUGUGUGUUUUGGGACAGAGCAGCUUUUCUGAACCCCACCCACAACCCAGAGGCUCUCGAUAAAGUAAGCCUUUUUAGCCGUACCUACAGACACCAAAGGGACUUUGUGAUCUUGGGAUGUUUGCAGUCAUGCUGUUUUUUUUAGAGGAAACUUUAAGACUGGCACCCCUUAAACCUACAUUCCAUCAACACUACUUAAGCUAAGCAAGAAUGUAAUGCAUCACCGUGACUGCGUGCCGAGCUGUGCCCUGCUGCUGACUGCUGUUCACCUGUUUCCUCAUAGUGCUCUGUUUUUACACGGUGGAGGAAGAUUAUGAUCUUUCCUGGAGGACACUUUGAAUGAUUCCAGAGAGUCCAAGGUCAGCCGGUUCCACUAAAACUUAAAUUAAGAGGAAGAAUUCCCUCCACUUUACACUUCUACUGUCUUCUUACUGUAAUCUGCUGUUCAGGGGCCUUUUAAGACCUUUCAAAUGCGGUAAUCAUCAAUCUGCCGCUGCCGCCUUGCCAAGACAGCAGUCAUCUAUUCAUCACGUCGUCAGUUAAAUCGUCAACCAUUACUAUAGAUGUGUUAGCUUUCCUUGCUUAAAUUAGAGCAACUCUAAAUUAAAGGGCACUGUGUGUUAAAACCUCUGUAAAUUUACAUUGCUCUGGGCAUUAAGUGGGCAAACAACAGCACUUGUAAUGAUGAGAACGCGGGAUAUUGUUAAUACUAUAGUGGAUUGAGACGUCUGUGACCGUUCCUUGGGAGUGGAAAAAGCAAACAGUAGGCCACGGCCUCAUUGUGGUUACGACUCGAGUCGAGUUCAGAAAAUUGUUCAGAAGAGAGGGAAGGAGGACGGGUGCAGAAACGGCUUUGGGAGCUGAUGAACGUUAUUUGCACAGCAUUCUGAGAAUGCAGCCCAUUUUUUCUUUGUGUUUGUUAAUCUUGUAAACUGAAGCACUGCAUAAACCUGAAGGACUGUGUGUUUGUGAUUUCGUGCAUGUUUAAGCCCCUGUGUAUCACUCUGUGAUGGUGUUCUAUGAGGAUGUUCUUUUUUAUUGAGCAUUAUUUUGUAUAUUUUUUUAACCUUCACUUUCAGCGAUACACAUAUAUAGUGUAGUACCUGUAUUUGCAUAUAAGCAUCUGCUUAUUGUUUUGUAAAAGCUUGUCGGUAGUGAGUUUGCAUGGCAAAAACUUGUAUUACUAUUUUUUGUGCCAUGAAAAAGAAGCAAUAACUUAGCAUGAAGGUCAUCAGUGGAACGAGAGGCCUUCUCUAUCCAGUAUGUGCAUUUUCAAUAAAUGGCUUGUGACUUA